UAUAAGUGUUUCACCCCUUCGUUCCAUAUUUCAAACAGGAAAUUAAUUGAACUCACAGAAAUUUAGUUUUUUUCUUUUUCUUUUGUGUUUGGUUGAAGACGUAAAAAGUCAGUGUGUGUGUUGAUGUGUGGCUGUGUGUUUAGGAAAUGAGGGGGGCGUGAGCUGAGAAUCCAGCCCGCGCAGCCUGUGCUUGCAGCUGGGUCAGUAAUCCCUCUGUGCAUCGCUGCAGGAUGUCACCAGGGGCUCCACUACGUCAGUUCAGGUCGACGAUGCCUUCACUGCCUCAGGUUGGAUGGACUGUUUUUUUCCUCCUUUUGUUAUGGGAGAGACUGGCAGCUCUAAGUACUGAUAUGGGAUGUCUGCUGGUUGGCCCGGUGGGGGCGCAACACCCUGUUCAGGGUCUGAUGGAAAAGUUUGAGGCGGGCCCAGGCUGUGCUGCGAGGGAGCGCGGGAACAAAGAGACUCAUGUCAUUGGAUUAAGAAGAGUGACAAAAAGCCCUGAAAACAAGGUAACAGUGUUACUGAAGCCUUUGUCCGUGACCCCUUCCCUUCUCAGAACCAUCCACCUGGUGCUCAGCUCCAAGGUUGCAGUAACCUGGUUACUGGAGGCUGAACAGCUUUCUCCAAACCUCCCAGUACUGGUGCAGGUGUCCCCAAACUCCAGCGUACAGUCACAGACCCUACGUUUCCAUGUCCAAGCUGUUCAUUCAUUACCUUUACGCCCCUUUGCGUUGCAUCGCUGGGCUCUAAAGCACCAUGGCAACCUGUCCUCUCUGAUACACACAACACAAGGCAAUCGUGUCUAUAUCCGACUGGGAGAAGAUCCAAAUCAACCUGCUUUGUGCCAGCUGGAGCCCAGGUUCCUCUCUGACAAUUACAUGAUCUCUGACCUGCAGCCACAGACGGUGAAGGGUUGUAGCUGCACCCCAAUGAGCCCCGAAGUCCAUAUGAUUAAGCUCCAUUCUGCAGGCUACCUGCAUGGGAAAGUGAUUGUCUCUCUUGUAUCCCCAGUGGCCAGUGCAAAGUCACAUAAAGUUGUUCUGAUUCUCAGCAGCUCAGAGCCAGUCAGCUGGACUAUUGCUUCUCACGGUGUCCAGGGUCACAUCCAUGUUCAUUCCUCCAACAGUGUGUCCCCACCAUCUCCACCUGAGCCUGACCUAACGCUGUCCAGCACACUUGACUCUGACCUUUCAACCACAUCUGAUCUUCUUGUCUGGGCUGAUGAGAAAGACUACAAGGUGACCUCAUACACGGAGGCGGGUCUGGCCAAUCACUUUGUGAUCCACCUAGCGGAGGGUGGGAAAGAUAAGGUUGCAGCGAUGAAUUCUCUAGUUAUGAAGCCUCUUAGGGUGGAGGAAAGUAGGCUGCGGCAGUGGCUGAACACUGGGGAAGGACAAGAGAGUUUCACAGUGAAAUGUGAGGGUGGACUCCUUAGUGUCACAGUGGACCAGCAAAGCCUGCAGAGCUUGUCGUUGCCAGUUGCUGCCAUGACUCUGCAGGAUCAGAGAUGCCAGGCUCUGUUCAAUGGGAGCCAUUUCCUGUUAGCGUUACCAGUGAUUUUCUGCAGAACUGAGGCCGUACUUGUGGGAGAGCCCAGAGGGGUGCAGUACAAAAACACGGUGUUACUGUGGAAAGAUGAAACUCAGACCACCGUAGCUCUCAGUGAGACAGAGAUGUCCAAGCGCCCACUUAGCAUACCUAUUAGCUGCUUUUUUGCCAUCGCCGCACAUCCUGCUGCCACUGAUGAUAACGUGACCCUUCCUCUGAUUGGACGAUUUCCAAGUGGUCUACCACAAGGUUCAGAGUCUGAUCCAGAAAUCAGGCAUCUCCCAACUCACAGGCACAGAUCUGGACCUGCUCUUGCUUUAAAGCUUUCUGUCACUGAGACCUAUGAGCAGACCUGUUAUGGGCCCUGUGUCAUCACGGCUGACCACAGAGUCUAUGUUGAGAUUUCAGCCGAAGCACCCCUCGCAGACGUCGUGCAAGUGAAGUCAUGUUUUUUAUCUCCUCAGUCCAACCCCAAAAAAUCUCCUUUCUGGACCGUGAUAAGCAACGGUUGUUCCUCAGACCCAUCGCUGACCCUCAUCACCAAGAUGAAAGGUGAAUUAAAAGAAGAACUCGAAGGUCAACUGGAAGAAGAAAACACUGAGACGGAGAGAAAUUAUCACAAAGAAAGGAAAGGCUCAAGAAUGGCCGAGAGUUGGAGAAGUGGAGAAAAACACCCUUUAAGAUUUAGUUUCAUCCUGCGGCCAGUUUUUAAUGACUCGAUGCAGUUUCUUCACUGCAGUGUUCUCCUGUGUGUGUCUGACUCAACAAAAGAGAAAACCAUGAAGGAAGUGGUAAAGAAUGACUGCCAGGGCAGGACACAUAUUCCUCUACUUGGAUCUAGAUCACCCAGUAAUCAGUGUGAGAUCAGAAACCUUUCCAGACCCAUGGUGGUCACCCAUCCAAUGACUUCACUGGCACCUAAAAUGUGGACUCUCGCUGGCCAAAAAACCAAAAGAUUAGACCCUGAACUACAGACAGGACCAGUGAUGGGAAUUGCUUUGGCAGCUUUUGCAAUUGGCGUCGGUCUGAUGGGGGGGCUGUGGUGCAUCUAUAAUCAUACAGGGGGACGUCCCGUGUAUUUCAGAGAGGGUCAUUUAACCGACCAGACUCGUUGGGGCCACAACAUCGGGACUCCACCAUCCCCGUCUGAUCAGUCCUCCAGCUCAGUGUAGAGGAUUUCCUCCUGCAAAUCUGAGAGAGGAGAACUAGGACACAACUUGUGUGUGCAUCAAGAAAGAGAACACAGCUGCUUGUGUGUGUGUGUGUGUGUGUGUGCAGAGACAUUUUCGUACAGUUUUUAUGAGUGUCAUUGCUGUGCAUCAAGGAUACAAGAGGCCAGAAAACAUGUAAAUACAGUAAAAUUUACUCAUCGCAGCGUUCUCGUGUUUGAUUCAAAGUGAAAGAUUGCUUAUUUGAUGAUGCAAGUCACGCUGAGAGCGCCUCAUCCGGGUGCAACAACAUCUAAACAUGUUUGGAGUGACUCAAAAAGAAAACACACCAUUGCAUUCAGAUGGUUUUUUUUUUUUUGUUUGUUUGUUUGUUUUUUUUUCGUUUGUUUCGUUUUUGCAUGUGUGUGUGACAAAUAAGAUCAAGCAGCAAGCCAAGCCAAGAUGCAUCUCGAGUCUUAUGUUUGUCAAAUCAAAUGUGCUUUGUAUGAAUUACAUGUUUUGACAUAUGGAAAACUGGAUGUUAUAUCAAUGUGUUUGUUUGAAGCAGUAAUAAAAGAUUUCCAGCCCCUCAGGGGUAGCACAGGAAACUGUCCGCUGCAUUUUCUAGCAUCUUGCAUCUAGUUUCAUCUCUGCUGUGGUCUCAGUUAACGCUUUAGAAAAUAAAUCUGCAGUCUCCAAAAUGUGAUACUCUGCAGAAAGUGCACACUGAUCUUUGCUGAAAACAUACCUAAAUUAUGAAAAUGAACAGUUAGUAGAGCUGAAGGAAAAUGGUUGGUUCAUAAUUAUCUACUGACUUUCUUCACAUGAUUCCUGGAGUCAAGCAGCUUUAAAGGUGUUUUUAUGUGGUUUCUACUGAAAAUGAUGAGAAAGUUGGGAGUUUUUUGUGUACCUUUUUCCUUCAGUUGUGGUGAAAUAAGACAGGGACACACAAUCUUGCAUGUGCACAGUAAUGUCUAACACUGCACAAUAUUAAGCACA